UGGGAGCUGUAGUCCCGGAGCGGCAGGGGCUGACGGGAGCUGUAGUCCCGCAGCAUCGUGCCCGGCGCGGCGGGGGUGGAUGGCGCUGCGCGGCUCGCUGCGGGCCAGCCGGGCGCUGCUGCGCGCCCCGGGGCCGCCGGGCCGCGGGCUCUGCAGCCGGCCGCCGGCCUUCGGGUUCCUGUUCGAUGUGGACGGCGUGCUGGUGCGGGGCAGCCAGCCCGUGCCCGCCGCCCGCCGCGCCUUCCAGCGGCUGGCGGACGGCGGCGGGCGGCUGCGGGUGCCCGUCGUGUUCCUGACCAACGCCGGGAACUGCCUGCGCUCGGCCAAGGCCCGGGAGCUGUCGGGGGCGCUGGGGCUGCAGGUGUCCCCGGAGCAGGUGGUCCUGUCGCACAGCCCGCUGCAGCUCUUCAGCCAGUUCCACCAGAGGUGUAUGCUGGUGGCCGGGCAGGGGCCCCUGGAGGAGAACGCCCACGACCUGGGCUUCAAGCACGUGGUCACCAUAGAGGCCCUGAGGAAGGCAUAUCCCCUGUUAGACAUGGUGGACCUGAGCCGGAGGCCAAAAGAACUGCCUCCUCCGACCACUGGCUUCCCCACUAUAGAAGGGGUGAUUCUGUUUGGCGAGCCAGUGAGGUGGGAGACGAGCCUGCAGCUCAUUACUGAUGUGCUCCUGAGCAAUGGGAACCCCGGGGCAGCGCUGCAGGAUGUCCCAUACCCUCACCUGCCUGUCCUGGCCUGCAACAUGGACCUCCUGUGGAUGGCUGAAGCCAAGAUGCCCAGGUUUGGCCAUGGCACUUUCCUGCUCUGCCUGGAGAGCAUCUACAGGAAGGUGACGGGCAGGGAGCUGAAGUACGAGGCCCUGAUUGGCAAACCCAGCCCGGUCACCUACCGCUAUGCCCAGCACCUGCUCCAGCAGCAGGCAGAGAGGCAGGGCUGCAGGGCUCCCAUCCAGCGUCUCUAUGCAGUCGGGGAUAACCCGAUGUCUGACGUCUAUGGGGCAAACCUCUACAACAACUACCUCAAGUCAGCAGGGCACAGCCAGGCGCAGGCCGGGCUGGGGAGGAGCCCGCAGGCAGCCAGCCCCCAGGCUGAGGUUUCCCUGGAGCUGAGGAGUGAGUGCAGCAGUGCAGUGCAGAGCUGCGAGUCCAUCCUGGUGUGCACUGGCGUGUACCGCCCCGAGAACACACAGGCACAGGCAGGGGAGGCAGUGUUCCAUGGACAUCGGGACUUCUGCUUCGACCCCAGCCUGCUGGAGGCCUCCCACAUAGUGCAGGACGUGGAUGACGCCGUGCAGCUCGCUUUUGAAAAAGAAAACUGGAGCUAGGUGUGCCUGAAGAUCUGCUGUAAGGGGUUUUGUGUACUGGAAAGGGAAGAGGGAAAGAAUGGGGAGGGACCUGGGCUGAUUUUCUAAUCCAGCUAAUGUUAAAGAAAGCUCCCUGUUGCAGCACUGAAAGGCCCUUAAUUUUAUUGAUGCUCAUCUGCCAUCCUGACAGCUGCUGACAGACUCUCAGCUGCGACUGUGCAUUGCUGCUAGCCAUAAUUGAGCCAUAAUGGAAACAGGGUAUAAGGAGCAGGCUUGUCCCAGCAAUCCCAGUUUUGUUCAGCUCUCACAGCUCAUUCUUUUCCACACUUUCUGUGCAAAGAUCAGGGGAGCCCACCCUCCUCUUUGUGAGGUGUUUGAGGGCAAAGCUCUUCCCCACACAGGGAGCCACCAUCAGCCAUUUGUACAAUGUGCUGUUUGUCCAGGCUGGGCUGUGGUGGCACCGUGCCAAGGGAAGGCUUUGAGUCUUAACAUUCUCCUCGUGAAGAAUAAGUGCCUACUGACUUUACCAAAUUCUCUUUGCCUGGGGAUUUGCCACUGCAUCACUGUCAGCCUGAAACAGAGUUCUGUUUUGCAGUCAUCUGGCAGCUGUGAAGAGGCAGGGCUCCUCAAAGGAAGCUGCAGUAGCCAGAGCAACUUGCUGCAGGGCUGAGGUGAAAGUUAUAUUGUUCCCUCUCGCCUGUUUAGCAUUCUGUGAACACCCCUGCCUUUUCACAUCCCACUAGGGAGCCAGCAGCCUGCUCUCAGAAGCAGAGGAAACCAGCACAGAGUUUGAAUUGGCAGAGAUGUCUUUGCCCAGAACUCGGUGCUGCAGCAAGAGGCUCUUUUGACACCCACCUGCUCCAGCUGGCACAGCUUCCAAGAGGGGCCCUUCAUUGGAACAAGGGCAAAACAAAAGGAGUCAGAGUCUACCUUUGCUCCCUCCUUGAAUGCAAGGAUUCAAAGAGAUCAUCAAGCCAGGAUGGUAGCAGAGCCCCAGAUCCCCAGGCCUGAUUUUUUAGAAUACAAAUGUCUCUGUCUUCCAGUUCUUUUGUUCCUCUCAUCCCUCACGUGGUUUGCAGCUCAGGGAUACCCCAUCCAGUCUGACCUCUGGUCCCUCCCCUUUCUUUAACAUGCAGGUAAACAUAAAUUAGCAGCUGGGACUUGCCUGUCCAGGAACAUUUCCCUAACAACAUGCACCUUCUAUUGCUCUGUUCUAGCUCAGGCUAUCCAGAGAAAGAUAAGACUUGUGUCUCCAUAGACAUUCCAAAGAAGAUAAGCAAGGUUUGCAUGAGGAAUUAAUGUGAAAGAUCUGCCUUAGUGAGGAAUGUCCUAAUUCCAGAGGAGCACUGUGAUUUUAGAAGCUCAAAUCAGCCUGUGUAUAUGAUGAAAAGCCUUGGAGCCAACACAACUGAGUUUGGAGCCAACACAACUGAGUUUUUCUAAUUACUGAGUUUUCCUAAUUACAGUCAGCUCACACUACACUGAACUAUCAGAAACAGGUCUGCUCUGCCUCUUCUUUCCUCCUUCCAGCUUUACCCAGCUCCAUACUCCAAGAUGUUCUGCACAGAAGUUUGAGUUCUUAAUUCAAAUCUCAGCAUCCAUAUGCACUGAAAUUCUGCCCCAGCAGCUCUCCACCCUCUCAAUCCUGAUGUAUCUUCCUAGGAAGGUCACUGCAGCAUGGGCUCUGUUCUUAGGCUGUGCCAGGCUCUGUGUGUGAAGCAGACCAGGUGCUCUUUCAGUUACCCAGGCUAAAGAGUUCCUUCUCUGUUUCUAUAUCCUUUACUUCAUGAAUAGGAGCAGAAAAACACCUCCUUGCAUGUGUUUCCCUCCUGUGAAAUCCACAGUGGGAAGCAGUUUCUUCCACUCUUACCAGCACUUGGGGUUCUUCUCCUCUGUCUCAUCAGGACAAGAAUUGCUUGGCUGCUUCUAAAAGCACGGGAUGAUUCCUUGGAAUGGUCCUGACAGACCUCAGGGAGCAGGCUGCUGGCAGGAAAAGGGAGCCACACCCUCAGUGUGGUAGUGCUGACUGCAGAAAUGCUGAGGUCUGUCCAUCUGCAGCCAGCUCUGGCACAGCUCUGUCGUGUUGCUUGUCCAAAGUGUGGUGCCAGCUGCUCAGAGAGGAGCUGCUGCUGAGCCACUGUGCCCUGAGGGCUGUGGCACCCCUGCCAAGGGAGGAAAGAAGGGGUUUGCAUUGCAGAGAGGCAUCUCCAUCUUUGGAACAGCAGCAGAGGUGAGCUGAUGUGAAUCUGCUUCAGAUGCCAAAUCUGCUUUUAGCUCUGGAUUUGGUUUAUUUCCCACCAAUGUUCUGUGACUCUUAAAAAUGCGUAGGAGGAACUUCAGUGAUAAGGAAUUAUAAAAAAAUGCUUUGCUUGCGAGUUGAAAUUGAACAGAAGGGAGGAGAAGGAAUCUAGAAAUAUCUUGUACCCUUUCCCUAAUUCAUACCAAGUAAAGUUGCAUAAAAAAACCUCUGCUUAGUUGCUCUCUGCACUAAUUAGCCAGAUGGGCUGCCCUUGGUCUGAGCAAUGCAAAGACCUUUCCCCUCUUCCCCUUCUCAGCUCCUUGAAACUGCACUUUGUCCAAGCCCCUGCCUGGGAAUUGCAUGGACCCACUGGAUGGAGGAGGAAAAUCUGGCUUCUCCAGCUGCUCUUGGACACUAACUUGAUUCUGAAAGGUUUCUGUUAAUUAAAUUGCUUGGCAGGUCUCCUCUGUUCCAUGAGUUGUGCUAGAGUGCUGUGCAGGCUUGUAGCUUACCUCCAGUUCAUUUAUGGACAUCUGUUAUUGCCAGAAUUCAGUGAAAUCCUUUUUUCCUUGGAACUGCUGCUUCCUGGAAUUGGCUUCCAGUGUGGCUGGAACAAAGAACUCUUCCUGUGUCUCAUGUACUGCUCAGAAGUGGUGUGUGAAGCAGCAUUUCUGUCCUUUGGAGCAGCCACCCUUCUGUGCAGAUUAUGGGAUCAAGCAGGGGAGGGGCUUCACUGCUGAUCCAGUACCUUAAUAAUUCCUUGGUGCUCUGCCCUGUACAACAAACAGGGCAAAGACCUGAGCCUAACAACUCCAUCUUCCAAAGAUUAAUGGGUUUUAGUCAAGCCAGAAGGGAGCUUGAGACAGCAGGAGGGAACCAAGGGAUAGACCUUGCAUUGGAUCUGAAGCAAAGAGCUUUUGUGGCGUGCAAUAACGUGGUGGCCACAGAAGUCAAUUCCUUUAUUCCACAGGACACGUGCAGCCACUGACCUGGCAUUCAGGGCACCACAUAACACUGCUGUCCCCUCCCUUCCAGUCCUAAUCCUGCCAUGUCUCCCUCCAAUAAAUGAUAAUAUUUCAGAUUGUAUCGUGCACUGUAGAAGAGUGAUUAUAUAUCAUUCGGAGAAAUCACAAACUGUGAUUAUUUUAGAUUUCGUAUUAAUUUCAAUGCAGAGUUGCUACUUUGUUCAAGCAUAUAUGUAAAAUAAUAAAAUAAUGUUUUCUUUGAAAUGAA